AUGAACUUCUUCACAUUUAUCAUUCUGGUCUGCCUCCAGACCACCAUUUCUCUCUGUGCGCCCACUAAUUCCCGGGGGAUCGCUGGACGAACAGCACAGACUGGCUUCUCCACCCACGGCCUCGUCGAGCGGCAAUUCUCCACGGUCGGAGGGGGCGGGUUCAGCGGUAUCAGCAAGCCCAAUGCGGAUGACGUCCAGCAGGCUGCUGACAACUUCGCCGGAGACGUCGCGACGGUGUCCAAUUCUUUGAAUACCCUUGGCAUCACUACAGAUACUGCACAGAGGAAGAAACUAGCAAAAGCUGGCUUCGAUGCUGAGACAGACGAAGAUGCGCAGAGGGCUGUACUCUUCGCGGCCGGAAAUAAUGUAGUGGCGAAUCAGAAGAUUGUGGUCAACACCCCGAUCGUGCUUGAUGGGUUGCAGUCCAUCAUGGAGAACCCAUCUGAUGCCAAUACGGCAAAGCAGCUGCAGACGAUGGAGACGGCGAGAAACGCCAAUAUCCUGCCCAGCAUCACCGCGUUGACCAACUCCGCAUUCCAGGCUACAGGGGUCAACGCGGCCGCGAAGAAUUUUCAGCCUACUACCGGCACGCAAGCGAUUACGGCUCUUUUGGCGUUUGGCGGAGGACAGAAUGGCGGCAACGCUCAAGCCACAAAGGGCGGGAAGAGAAACAACGGCAACGGGAAACGCAACCGUCAAGAUGAUGAUACUGCCCAGAAUACCAAGGGUGGGAAGAACAGCAAUGCCCAGGCCACGAACGGUCGGAAUAAUGCCAACGACCAGGCUGGUGCCGACAACCAGACUACUCAGCCAGGGAAGAACGCCGGUUCCCAGAAGACGAGAAACGACGAAGAUAACUGA